CGCUCACCCUUCUCACCUGAUGUGCGGGGCGUCUCCAGACUGUGUACCGCUGGGGACCGCAACGAGGUCCGCCUGCGACCGGAGCAGCCCACCGAGGACGUGUAUUCCAACUCCAUGGAGCGUGUCCGCUGCCCGACUGUCUGACUGCCAUGGCAGGCUACUAUUACAAAGUCUACGAUGGUUACGGUGGUUACGAUGGUUACGAAGGCUCCUCCGUGGAUCUGGACAUAUUGGACAACCUGACGCUGUACGGAGGGAUCGAGUGGCCGAAUGUCAGCACGGACUCCUGCCAGAUCGCGGCGCCCUGUGACUUUGAGCCGUGCGGGGGCGGGGGAGGUGGCGGGACUGACCAGCGUGCCCAGCAAGUGCUGCUGCUCGUCUUGUACCUGCUCGUCUUCCUGGUGGGGUUCGUCAGCAACGUGCUGGUGCUGGCCGUCGUGUUGCUGGAACGCGGCCGCCGGCACCACCGACAGUACUCCAUGGAUGUCUUCAUGGCGCACCUAGCCUUCGCCGACCUGAUUCUGGCUACCAGCCUCCUCUUCUGGGCGGUGGAUCAGGCUCGGGGAUGGAUCUUCGGCUUGGCGGCCUGCAAGCUGGUCGGCGCGCUGUACAACCUCAGCUUCUACAGCAGUCUCUACGCGCUGGUGUGCAUCAGCUUCGAGCGGCACCUGGCCGUCGUGCGCACCACCCCGGCGCGGCCCCGGCAUCUGGGGCACUCCACUGGCGCACUGCUGGCCAGCCUCGCCGUCUGGCUGACCUGCCUCCUGCUGACCGUGCCUGAUUUCGUCUACCUGCGGCUCCUGCCGUCCAACGGGAGCUCCCCACAGUGUGUGCAUCAUUACGGGAAGCAAGGAAACCGGGCUUGGGUGGUAGGCCUCCGCUGCUUCUUCCAUGUCACCGGCUUCCUGCUGCCGCUGACGAUCAUGGCUUACUGCUACUUCAGCAUCGGGCGCACCAUCCUCCGGGCGAACGGAGCCCGGCGGCGCCGGGAAUGGCGGGCGCUGAGGGUGAUCGCAGCAGUGGUCCUGGCCUUCCUGCUCUGUUGGACUCCGUACAACGUGACGCUCUUGUUGGAGACUGUGCACCGGCUGGGCGCUCUGGGCCGGGACUGCGCCUUCGAGCGGCGGAUGGACUUGGCCGACACAUUGACCGGCUGCCUGGCCAACCUGCACUGCUGUCUGAACCCCUUCCUCUACGCCUUCGUGGGCAUCCGCUUCCGCGGGCAGCUGCGCGACAUGCUGAGCCGAUGGGGUCUGUGGAACCGGGCCGGGACCUGGCGGAGGGACUGGAAUGACCGCAGCCGUAAUUCCACUGUGUCCAGCGGCAGCGAGCUUGGCAACACUUCCAAAUCCUGGAUCUGAAAUUUGGAGGGGCCGCAACCCAAACCCAUCCUUCCACCCCACACCCACACACACUCACACACUUCCGCACCCCCCCUACACACUUACACUCCCACACAGCUUCCACACACACUCACACACUUCCGCACACCCCCUACACACUCACACACUUCUGCACACCCCCUACACACUCAGACUCCCACACAGCUUCCACACACACUCACACAAACACCUACUCUCACACAUGCAGUUUCUCUCACACUCUCUCUCUCACUCUCCCCUCUCUCACACUCUCUCUCUCCCUCUCUUUCCCCUCUCUCUCCCCUCUCUCUCUCCCUCUCUCUCCCCUCUCUCUCUCCCUCUCUC